GAUGAACAUUAUUAGUUUAAUUUCAAUCAUGGGAGCGACUCUCCCCCGCGUUCAAGUGGAAGAAGGAAUUCUUGAAGGAACUGUUGUCCCUAACAAAUUCGGCUUACCUUUUAUAAGCUUCAAGGGAAUACCAUAUGCAGAGCCACCUGUCGGCAAAUUAAGAUUUAAGGCACCUCUACCUAAAAAACCGUGGACUAAAAUCCGUGCAGCCAAAGAACACGCUCCAGAAUGCUUUCAACAUAACACUAUUAACUUAGGAAGUGAGGAUUGUUUGUAUCUCAAUGUGUAUACUCCAAACCUUACACCCAAAAACCUUCUGCCUGUGAUGGUUUACAUACAUGAGGGUGGAUUUGAUAUAGGCAGUGGAAAUGAAAGGACACAUGGUCCAUAUCUUUUGGUACGAAAAAAUGUGGUUUUGGUGACUUUUAACUACAGGCUCGGGGUGUUAGGAUUUCUCUCCCUAAACACAGAAGAAAUACCUGGAAAUGCGGGAAUGAAAGAUCAAGUGGCAGCGUUAAGAUGGGUCAAAACCAAUAUCAAGCAAUUUGGAGGAGAUCCUGAUAAUAUAACGAUUUUCGGUGAAAGUGCCGGAGGAGCCAGUGUUUCUUUCCAUUUAGUGUCUCCUAUGAGCAAAGGUUUAUUUAAAAGAGCCAUUAUUCAGAGUGGUUCUCUGACUUCGUGGUGGUCGAAUACAUGGAUGGCAAGAGACAGAGCAAAGGAACUCGCCAAACAACUCGGAUGUACUUCAAAUGACGACAAAGAAAUUUAUGAAUUUUUGAUUAAUGAACCAGUUGAAAAUCUCUUCAACCAUAAAGUAUCUGUAACCUAUGCUCAUUACGCCAAGGAAUCUCUAAUUGUUUAUUUCGGCGUUGUUUCAGAAAAUAAAUUCAAUACUAACGAAAGAUUCUUUUAUGGUCAUCCAUAUGAGGUCCUUCGUAAAGGAAUACACGAAGGAGUACAGGUCAUGAACGGUUUUACAGCAGAUGAAGGAGUUCUUUAUUUUACAUCCGACGUUAAAGCAGACAAAGUAUUUGAACAAGCUGACAGAUUUUUAGAUUUUUUUGUUCCAGAACCAUAUACAAUUUAUUGUCCGCUUAGAACUCAAAUAGAAAUCGGCAGGAGAUUUAAAGACUUUUAUAUGAAGAACAAACCGGUUUCCAUGGAGACUUUAGACGAGCUUCUAGAGUAUUUGAAUAUUGAAUUUAUUGUUUACGGCACAAUAUCGUUGCAAAAAAUAUUAUCUAAGACAAGUACAAAUAAACAUUAUUUAUAUAAAUUUACUUGCUCAUCUGAACUUAAUUACUUUACCAGAGCCUCAGGUUUGGAUGAUCUCUUCAAUCAAAGACCCAUGGUGUCCCAUGCUGAUGACCUCGCAUACCUAUUCUUAUCAAAUUACAAUAAUAAUCUUACUACAGACUCUAAAUCAUUCAAAAUGGUGGAACAAGUGACGGCUCUUUGGACUAACUUCGCCAAAUACGGUGAUCCCACUCCAGACGAUAGUCUCGGUGUCAAGUGGAUUCCGUACAAUGUGAUAACUCAGAACUAUUUAAACAUCGGAGAAAAACUAGUGCCAGAAACAUUUCCUGAAAAGAAAAAUAUUGAUUUUUGGGAACAAAACUUCAAAGAAUUUUUAUCAGAAUAUGUUCCUUAAGCAUAGUCGUAACUAUCGAAUAAAAAUUGGAGAAACUAUAAAAACACAGACAGAACAUUAAAUUAUCUUUACCUAUUCGGAAACUAAGAAUGUGCAUUACUUAUCUUCAUAUACGAGUAUAUAAUUUUACUGGACGUGUGUAUGUCACUGAUCUCCUCCUAAACGGCUUACCCGAUUUGAAUAAAUUUUUUAAAUGAAGUUUUUUUCUAUGAAGAUGGUUUAGAUUCAAAAAUCAGCCCGGCAGAUGGC